CGGCAUCGCCGCACCCUUCCCUCCUCCCCCGCCAGAAAGUGGACUUGCCCAUUUGUCGUCGACAGAAGUGGCGCGCAUCGGCCGUGUGCGUUGUUCUGUGUCCCUAAAUCGCCAAUUUCCGCGGGUGCUUGUGUAGUGAGUGUAGUGUUGGAGUGUGUGUGGGUGUGGAGCAGCAGUGUGUAGCGAGGGAAGUGUGUAGGGCCAUCAUAGCCCGGCCAGAUGAGGCGACGAGGAGACCGGGGGGCCAGGUGUACACAGCCACCCACCUAGAGCAGUCCAACCCCGUAUGGAAUCUGUCAAGCUAGCAGGCUUGGGGCCCCACGCCCAGCAAAUCCUCUAUCCUGGGGGACGACAGCCGCCCCCAGCACCCCAGGCCGCCCAUCCUCCGCCCACAUCAAGGCAUGAGGGGUCGCCGUACAAGACGCCCAUCUCCCCACCCAUGGCAUCGCGGGCGGGUGCGGGUGGCUACCCUGCAUAUCCUGGGGCGGGUGAUGGACACGUGGGUGGCGGGGGCGGCAGAUACAUGCAACAGCCACCCUUCGUCCCCUAUGCUAGGGAGACCCACUAUGUCAGACCGGCGAUGGGUGGCCGGGGACGAAUCACCUACUUGUUGUCGGACCGGCCUGUUAUGCUACCCCAUGGCACGAGGAGACCGACUAUAAUGGGACCGUAUGGGCCUUAUGCUCAUGGCCGGACAGACAUGAUGCCCCUGGUUCCAAGUAACCCCUUGGCUAUUAGUACUACCAUAGACUCCAGCAAAAGAAUCAAGCUUGUCCCACCCAUCAAGCCUGACAAUCGUGUCCCUUUAGUAAUAGAUACUUCGGACAACAAUCACACCAACCGGGAGUCUACAUACACGCCGCAAGUAGAGGCCAUCUCUCCCACUCUACCAUCAGACCCCCGAGAUGAAUCCCCACUCCGCUCCACCAAAGAUGAUCUUCUAAAACAUAUUGAACAAGUAGACAGGGAAAUUGCCAAGGCGGAGUCCAGCAUAGCUAAGCUUCGGAAAAAAGAGGGGGAGUUGCAGGUGGCGGCACAGAAGGGAGAUGGAGCCAAGGCGGAAGAGGAGGACACCAAGGAACCCAGACAUCAUAGUAUAGCACAGAUUAUUUAUGCUGAAAAUAGAAAAAAGGCUGAGAAAUCGCAUAACAUCCUGGAUAAGCUGAUGCCACCAACAGAUGUGCCAACUGUGUUGCCGCUUUAUCAUCAACCAACAGACACGGAAGUCUACAUGGCAAAUAAAAGACAAUAUGCAGGUUUCAAACGGAAAUUGGUUGAGUACUUUAAGAAGCGCCAUACUAACAAAAAUGAGCGGGACUCCAAUCUCACCCAAACGUAUUCCAAACUCAUGACGGAGUGGCUAAAGAAAGUUGAGAAGGUUGAAAAUUCUAAAAAGCAUAAGGAAAAGGUAGCCAAGAAUAGAGAGCUGUUUGAAAAGGUCUUCCCCGAGUUAAGAAAACAGCGAGAGGAGAAGGAGCGUUUCUCUCGAGUUGGCGCUCGAGUCAAGAGUGAUGCGGAGAUGGAGGAGAUUAUGGAUGGUUUGCAAGAGCAGGAGAACGAAGAUAAGAAAAUGCGAGCUUAUGCUGUAAUACCUCCAAUUCUUUUGGAGGAGAAAAAGAGACGACACCGUUACAUUAACCAAAAUGGACUAAUAGAGGAACCAAUUAGUGAAUAUAAGGAUCACAAAAAUAUAAAUAUAUGGACCGAGCAGGAAAGAGAAAUAUUUCGUGAUAAAUAUUUACAACAUCCGAAAAACUUUGUUGUGAUAGCAAGUUAUUUAGAGAGAAAAUCAGUGAGUGAUUGUAUUCAAUACUAUUAUAGCACCAAAAAGAAAGAAAAUUAUAAGAUGCUAGUGAAAAGGAGAAUAAGACGACCACGGAAACCCAACAAUCAGCCAGUGGUGGAAGUUUUGGGUUUGAACUCUACGGGAGUGACGACGAGAGGUUCGGUGGCGGCAUUACGGACGCAACAGCCCUCUAAUGGCAACAGACCCAUAUCCAUGACUGGUGUACAGGAGGAGCCACAGAAUUACUCUGUAGUUAACCCUCCAUCCAGUGUGGCCUCUGGUCCCUCCCUUUCUGCCACUGCCAACAAUACCCCUGCCACCUCCCCGGGGCCAACCCAAACCAUGGCCUUGGAGCUGUCCACCUCCGUUGGAGCGACCCCCAUCGGCACCGAAUCUUCUAAUAAUACCACUACCAAUACUACUCCUACUAUAUCUAACAAAGAAGUUCAAGAAAAGGACAAGGAGAACCUUUCUGUCAGUGACAAACCUGGAAGAAGAGAACGCUUGCGUAAAGAUGAGGACAAGACCAAAGAUGCCCAGGAUUCCAGUGAUGAGGAUAAUGCUGCUGAGCAUGGGAAAGGGGGUCCUCACGAGUGCCUGGUAUGUAACGCUCAGUUGGAACACUAUGGCCAGUCACGACCUGUGGCGCCUGGUCAAGCUUCCCAGUAUGGACUUUCCGAAUCCCACCUGCCAGCCAAUCCCCGUGUGUGUAAUGCAUGCAGAUGUCGAGCCGUACGCAGGAGGGUUACUCAGUCUUCCAGAUGCCCAAUUCCGACAUGUCCAACCCCUAAGUGGAGAGGGAAGCGUCUGCGUCCUUUUCCAUCACGGUGGUCUGACCUACCUCCCGAGGUGAAGGAUCCUAUCAUCAGAGAAUUCCAGAUUCCAAGCGACGUGACAAAAUGCUGCUCGGCUUGCCACAAUCGUAUAACACGGAAGUUGGGUCCAGAUGCUGAGGAGCCGGUUGAUCCAACACGAUGGUCAGAUGAAGAUAUUGACACACUUAGAUGUGCCCUCAGGGAGGUUGGAUGCCACUGGUCAAAAGUUGCCGAGCGACUUCCUAACAAGACCGAGGGACAGUGCAAGAGCUUCUACUUUAAUUUUAAGAAAAAAUACAAGUACGAUGAUGUGGUCGCUGAGUACCGCAAGUCGCGAGGUAAGGGUGAUGGACCACCCACUGUGACAGACGAAGAGGAGAGUGGCUCUUCAACAUCGAGUUGUGAAGAAGAUGGUACUGUCCCACCUCCUCCCGCUGGCCCCGAUUCUGCCUCAGAUACUGCUUCAGCUCCGUCCCCGGGUCCAGCGCACUACAACAACAUAGAUGAAAAGCGUGAAGGUGGUGGUGCCGGUAAUGGAGUGAUGAAGGAGCCUCUGCCACCAGUGACCCAACCUCCCUCGAGUGUACGGGAAGAUAACGACUCCUCGGCCACUGCCAGUGCCGAUGAGGGACAGAGUGGAGUUGGGAGAGACUCUCCUGAAGUUCAACACAUUCCUCAUCCAGGCGAGAGGAGACCUCCACCCAUCACUCCCAGUAAACCUCCUCACACAUCUUCUGUACCACCUAAUUCUAAAGGGACCCCAGAAAAUGCUUCAUCAUCAUCUAGUAAUGUGCGGGACCUGAUUUAUAUUACAAUUGAGAAGUCAUUGGAAGAUAAGAUCCCCAACCCACCCACCAAGUCUCCACCUACCUUACACUCUAUUCUAAAAGCAACACAUGGACGCCAAGCACCGCCCCAACCUUCGCCUGGCAGUAUAGAAUAUCAGCGUGAACAGCGAUUAGCAGUCCCUGGUAGAUAUAACGAUCCCCGAGCGGGGCUUCCUCCAAGUGAUGUCCCGGCUUAUCAUCCUCAAGAUGUUCAGUGUGAGGGUCUUGACCUCAGUAUUCAUAAGCGCAAUCGCUCGCCCCCUUCGCAACACCCACAGCACCCAAUGCCCCCACUGCCCAUUCAGCACACACAACACCACCCUCAGACUCAUCAACCACCACCACCACCACCACCCACCUCAACACCAAGAGAUAUUCCUCCAAUGACAGUUCGAGGUGGUGCAGAAGUGACAAUCACCAGCAAGGAGCCACCUCCAAGGGCACACUCCAACACUUACACUAAACCCCCUCAUGAACCUUGGACCAUAACAGAUCCACGCAACAAGUCCCCAUCUGCAUAUAUAACAGACUCCCGAAGCAUAUCCCAUCAACCUCCAUCAAUCAUGACCAGUGUAUCCUCUCCCUUAGUAUACACAACUCCUGUACGACCUCAACAUGCCCAACAGGCAUCUAAGCCUAAGGUCAGCAUGGCCCCCCCACCACCACUAACUACAGUACGUACCCAACACCCGCAACCACAAACAAUUAACACAACCUCACGAAUCCCACUCAAACCUGAAAAACAAGGGCAACUGCAUGUGGGUUCUAUAACUCAUGGUACUCCAGUAAAUCCACCACCCAUUGUUUCGGUUCCCAUGUCACAGUCUACACGCUUUGAUAUGAUGCCCAAGACUGGUAUGGGGAAGGAAGGAGGCUCUAUUACCCAGGGAACACCUAUGCACCAUGACCAAAAACGUUCUGGCCCAACCAAUCCUUACAAAGAUGUGACGUUUGAGCCUAGACCUGGAAGUGGUGUAGAAAUAAUACCUCGACCGGCAUUGGCUGCACAGUAUGAUCGUGAACAUAUGUAUAGAGGACCACGACCGCCCAUCUCAUCAGCAUCUCCCAACCCUACAUAUGCUUAUCCUAAUUAUGCAUAUCCUGCCAGACCUCCAUAUUCAGACUCACAGAUCACUUCCCGGCAUAUCAUUGCCACCGAUUACCUGACUUCACAACAAAUGCCGGGGAGACGUGUAACUGAAAAAGAUCCACGAGUAUCACCGCGAGGGCGGGACCACAGUCCACAACAAGACCCUCGUGAUCACCGCACCUUACCAGGAACUACAACUGUAAACCGCAUUAUGGACUCCAGGGGAAUUGAUCCUCGAACAAUAGACAUUAGAACUGUAGAUCCUCGUUCUAUUGAUUUAAGGAACAUAGAUCCCCGAUUAGAUCCUAGGGCUAUAGAUCACAGAAUGGUAGAACUUCGCAGCUCAGGAGAUCCCCGCAAUGUAUACUAUCCAGCAAGUGCUCCUCACGGGUCCUAUCAACCUCCAUCACAGCCACCCUCAGCUCCUGUUUAUCUUCAACAAGAGCGGGUGUCCAGACCACCCCCAUCACCUGCCUCAACCAGGGACGCUACACCAACACCUCCAACAAGCGAACCUGCUCCUUCACCUCACGAAUUUCGAUCUCCUGGUGUUUCUACACCCACUCCUCCACCUCGUGUUGGCGUUAUUCAGAGAAGGCCACCCAGCAAACCUCCCCCUCAUUUACCACCACCCAAAAGUGCAUCGCCACGAACAGAAACUGGUUGUUUUUCACCACGACAUCCUCCAGGAUCUGAAAAUUUUCAUGCUUUGGUGGAUAUUGCUGUAGCACAGCGAGGGGGUGGAGCUUACCCUGCUGUUGAUAUUAGACGUGAGAACAGACCUCAUCAUGACACUCAACUUGAGGGGUUUGAGAAGCAGCUCACAGAUUCUAUGAACCGCAGUGUUCGCUCCAUGAAUCCAAACAAACACGAUAUCCGGACUACUACUCAUGAUGGACGGGUUCCGCCACCACAGCCUGAUCGUUACCUUGAGCACAGGGCAGAAUAUGAAAGAGAAAGACAAAGAAGUUUAGUAAAAAAUGCAGAACCCAAAUCAGACUUAGAAAAUGAUGCUGCAAAAGGAUUAGCGGCGUGCUUCAAAAAGGACGACCCCAAGGCGACGCCUUCCCCUAAAAGUAGUAAUCGUAGUCAGAGUGAAACAUUGACAGCCGCCAACUUGAUAGAUGCAAUCAUCACCCACCAGAUAAAUAACAAUAGUGGAGAUGGGGGUGGAGGGGGAGGGGGAACAGGCGGUGCUGGAGGUGGUGAGCAGCGGACAUUUAGAAGGGAAGGUGAAAGUGGGCUGCCAGUGGUGGAUUUAGACAAGCGUGUCAGAUCUUCAGCUGGUCCUCCAUCCAAAGAGAAUGAGGUAGUGAUGGUGGAGGACGGACCUGACCCACGACCUCCCAACCCUAUCAACCAUAAAGAGGGGUUGAGCACCUCCCUACAUGUGCCCUCUCAUCAUCCAGGACCCAAAUCUAUACAAGCUCACAUGGACCAGAUUAUUCAUAGGGAGUUUUCAAGUGGAGAUGGACGCAAGAUAUCUGCACCACAUUUGACAUAUAGCCGUCCUCCCUUUGAAAUUUUAAGAACAGAUGGACGGUCUGUUGUUGGAUCUGGUGGUCCACCAGCUGUAACAGUUUCCCAAGUUGGCUAUGACCACUGGAAGGUACGUGGGGGACUCGAUAAAGAGAGAAAAGAACGGAUCGAAUCACGUUCACCCCACCGUCCUCCACCAACUACAGCUUCACCUAGUACCCAUCACCUAUCUGCUCAACACUUGGCGCCCGAUGAACGAAAGAUUAUUCGGAUUGCACAAUCGGUGUCACCAAGGCCAGAUCACAAGAUGCGUACACCUCCGGCUGCCCCGGCAAGUAGUUUUCCAGUAGAACCAAUAUCACCUCCCACGUCAUCUGCUCAGCCCACCUCUGAUCCAAAUCAUACUGAACAAAAUGUUCACUGGAAUUUCCAUAAGCCCCCUUACCAGCCCGGAGGUGCAUCGAAAGAAGUAUUCGAGUAUGUCCGCUGUAAGAUUGCAGAAGUGAUGAGAACGCCAGAUUCACAAGAGGGGGAAAAACGUGUUCACGAGGACGGUAGACAUCCUCGCUCAGGAACACCAGUCUCUCAACAGUCAACACAACAAAAUGCUCACUUUGAUGUGGAGGAUCCGUCAAAAAAACGGCCACGCCAGGACACGGGUGAGCAACGGCCACCAUCCCGUCCACGGUCCACUGGAGGUGACAUGGUGAAAGACAGACGGGAAGAGCCAGCUGCACGUGAUGAUGUAGCAGACUCUCCUCAGUCAGGGGAAAUGGUGAUAGAUGAAACUCCACGUGAUCAUCCUCCUACUUCCAAAGCUGGGGAUACAGUUGGUGGAGGAAAGGUGGUAUCAAAAGGAGGUGAAGCAGGAGAACGUUACCCACAGGGUAGUAGUGGGCCAGGUGGCCAGUACCCUUACCCUUAUCCUGGAUUCCGUGGUCAUAGUGGCCAAAGUGUUGGGGGUCCCGGGGCUCCUCCUGUUACUACUGUAACUACUACUAGUAGUAAUGCCAGUGGGGGGCGCCAUCCCCAAGGCUAUGAACCAAAUGUUGAACCCGUCAGUGAUGAUGACUGAACCCCAGACUGGACAACUGCCGUGAUAAGUGUUAUCUGUGAUCUGUUUUGUGGACUAGUGUUGUCGCGCCGCACUCUGGUGUACAAAGCUACCCCAUCUGUAUGUGUAUAUAGGAGUAAGUAGGUGGUUUGUGUUAAUACUCAGGCUCUGGGUGUGAGGCUCCCGCUGCUACUCCACAUCUUGCUCUGCCCCACACCCUGCCCCCUCCUCCCCUCUUCCCCUCAACGUCUACUCUUCUCUCAUAGAUAUUUAUAAACCUCAACUACUCUGGUGACUUUUCCCCCGCUGCUCUUGCCGACUACCGAGGUUGGUGUGUAGCAAGUAUGGCAGCGUGACCUGGCACCCCCACUAGCCACAGCGAGGCAGUACACUGCAUCUGUGGUUAGUGGUGACAGCAGUGCCCACACAGACCAUCAUAGAGAACAAAGCUGUCCAAUUGGGGCACGGACGGCGCCCACCCACUGCUGUAUUCAGACAAGUUCAUUCCAAAGCCCCCGCAGGCCGGCCUGGCUGGGCGGUGGCGUGGGGUAGUCCGCAUUGUACAGACCUUCCACUUGUUGAGGGCGGCGAUGCGACGGACGGGUCCCCUUCCCCACGGCCUCCCAUGCUCUCCUACGCACCGCCGCCCAACUCUCACAUCAUUACAUGUCAGAAAUGUUAUUUUUGUUGAAAUAAAGAUGCUCAAAACCUAA